UCCCUAAGCAGCCUGAGGUGAGCGUUUCUCCUGCGUUGCUCCGAGGGCUCAAUCCUCCUGCUAUCGCCGCCAUCCUGGCUUCGGGGGCGCCGGUCUCCAGGUCCCUGGGAGGAGAACUCCUAGGGCUACUAAAUCCUCGCUGGAGGCAGUGGUUUCUUAUGCGGGAGGACGUGGCGGAGGGCCUGACUUUGGGAGCCGGGGGCCGGUGGGCCUCUGAGGUCCGCAGAGGGACGUAAUGGGCGGAAAUGGGGACGACCGGGCUCCUCCACUGGUGGGGGCGCCGGCCCGCCGUGGGGCGCGGGUCGCCUGUGGUCCUUGCGGACUUCGUAAGUCCAGUGUCUAUUGGUAAUCUGUGAAAAUGGUUCGCUAUUCACUUGACCCGGAGAACCCCACGAAAUCAUGCAAAUCAAGAGGUUCCAAUCUUCGUGUUCACUUUAAGAACACUCGUGAAACUGCUCAGGCCAUCAAGGGUAUGCAUAUACGAAAAGCCACGAAGUAUCUGAAAGAUGUCACUUUACAGAAACAGUGCGUACCAUUCCGACGUUACAAUGGUGGAGUUGGCAGGUGUGCGCAGGCCAAGCAGUGGGGCUGGACACAAGGUCGGUGGCCCAAAAAGAGUGCUGAAUUUUUGCUGCACAUGCUUAAAAACGCAGAGAGUAAUGCUGAACUUAAGGGUUUAGACGUAGAUUCUCUGGUCAUUGAGCAUAUCCAAGUGAACAAAGCACCUAAGAUGCGCCGCCGGACCUACAGAGCUCAUGGUCGGAUUAACCCAUACAUGAGCUCUCCCUGCCACAUUGAGAUGAUCCUUACGGAAAAGGAACAGAUUGUUCCUAAACCAGAAGAGGAGGUUGCCCAGAAGAAAAAGAUAUCCCAGAAGAAACUGAAGAAACAAAAACUUAUGGCACGGGAGUAAAUUCAGCAUUAAAAUAAAUGUAAUUAAAAGGAAAA